CGAGUCUGCGCAGGCUGGCAGGGCGAGUCGCUCCGGCACUCGGGCUGCGCCGCGGUGCGCAAAGAGCAAGCGCAGAGCGGAGCGCUGUCUGGUCCCGGCCCAGGGGAGGAGGGAGGGAAGGGCUCUCUGCUUACUUUUAACCUCGCCUCUUCUCCCUGCUCAUGCUUCCUUUCGCUUCUGCUGUUUUCUCUCUUUGCCUUUUUUGGAGGGGCGGGGAGACUUCCUUUUUUCUUCUCCCAGAAGCUCCUGUUCAAACUGCCCUCUCGGGUGCUUCACUGUACAUACUCGAGGAAAGCUCGAGAGGAGGAAAGGGUGUGGGAGUUCCAUCAGACCGCGUUUCACUCUUCCUAGGUGGUUCGGGCAGCCAAGAGAGGGGGACUGGGGAGUCGGGUCCAAGUCUGGCCGCUGCAGGUUUUAGUUUCUGAAUGACAGUUCUGUUCUCUUUGCUGUCUGUGGGUUGAGUCUUGUGAGUGGCAUUGGUAGGACUCCCGCUAGUCGACGAGGUUUGUCCAAGGUUUUAUUAAAGACUGGCUUUUAGACCUUGGGCAGGGCUUAUUCCCAGUUUCCUCUACGGUAAAUGAGGGCUGUUAUCAAGGUACAGUAAAGGGUGGGAAAGGUCAGUGGUUCGUAGGAAGAAAAAAUCCAAACCAAAUUCCAGGGGUGCUCUCCCACCUGCACCACCCAGGGGGGUUUACAAAGCGGCGAACUUCACAGGGAUGCGGCCCGCUCUAUUGCUUUCCUUUCAUCCAGGCCAAGUAGAGGCUUAAGGUGAAAAGCCCAAAUCUGAGCUAACAGUGGACACAGGGCAACUGUUUUGUUUGUUUCGAAGGGCCUCCGGAAUGAGUCAUUGCCACUUGUCGCGGUGAAAUGGCAAAUCUCGGCUUCCUGUGGUUCCAAAAGUCUGGAACUGGACAUCCACAGGACAGCUGGUAGCUGAAAGCUGGUUGAAGGACAGCCGAGUUUUUAAGCAACAUUUUGGACUGUGAAGCAAGGCAUUGGGUGGUGAAGACAAAAUGGCCUCGCCGGCUGACAGCUGUAUCCAGUUUACCCGCCAUGCCAGCGACGUUCUGCUCAAUCUCAAUCGCCUCCGGAGCCGUGACAUCUUGACUGAUGUUGUCAUUGUGGUCAGCCGGGAACAGUUUAGAGCCCAUAAGACAGUCCUCAUGGCCUGCAGUGGCCUGUUCUAUAGCAUCUUCACAGACCAACUGAAGUGCAACCUCAGCGUGAUCAACCUGGAUCCUGAGAUCAACCCCGAGGGAUUCUGCAUCCUCUUGGACUUCAUGUACACAUCUCGGCUCAACCUUCGGGAAGGCAACAUCAUGGCUGUGAUGGCCACCGCCAUGUACCUGCAGAUGGAGCAUGUUGUGGACACUUGUCGGAAGUUUAUCAAGGCCAGUGAAGCAGAGAUGGUUUCUGCCAUCAAACCUUCUCGCGAAGAGUUUCUAAACAGCCGAAUGCUGAUGCCCCAAGAUAUCAUGGCCUACCGGAGUCGAGAAGUGGUGGAGAACAACCUGCCACUAAGGAAUACCCCGGGGUGUGAGAGCAGAGCUUUUGCUCCCAGCCUGUACGGGGGCCUGUCCACGCCACCAGCCUCUUACCCCAUGUACAGUCACCUUCCGGUCAGCCCCUUCCUCUUCUCUGAUGAGGAGCUACGAGAUGCCCGGAUGCCUGUGGCCAACCCGUUCCCCAAGGAGCGUGCUCACCCUUGUGAAAGUGCCAGGCCAGUCCCUAGCGAGUACAGCCGGCCAGCCCUGGAGGUGUCUCCCAGUGUGUGCCACGGCAGCCUCUACUCACCCAAGGAGGCAGUUCCAGAGGAGGCACGAGGUGACAUGCACUACAGCGUGGCUGAGGGCCCCAAGCCUGCUGCCCCCUCGGCCCGGAGUGCCCCGUACUUCUCCUGUGACAAGGCCAGCAAAGAAGAAGAGAGACCCUCUUCAGAGGAUGAGAUUGCCCUGCAUUUUGAGCCUCCCAAUGCACCCCUGAACCGGAAGGGUCUGGUCAGUCCACAGAGCCCUCAGAAAUCUGACUGCCAGCCCAACUCACCCACGGAGUCCUGCAGCAGCAAGAAUGCCUGUAUCCUUCAGGCCUCUGGUUCCCCUCCAGCCAAGAGUCCCACUGAUCCCAAAGCCUGCAACUGGAAGAAAUACAAGUUCAUUGUGCUCAACAGUCUCAACCAGAAUGCCAAGCCAGAGGGACCCGAGCAGGCUGAGCUGAGCCGCCUCUCUCCGAGAGCCUACACUGCCCCACCUGCCUGCCAGCCACCCAUGGAGCCUGAGAACCUUGACCUCCAGUCCCCGACCAAGCUCACUGCCAGUGGGGAAGACUCCACCAUCCCCCAGGCCAGCCGGCUCAACAAUAUCGUUAACAGGUCCCUGACAGGCUCCCCACGCAGCAGCAGUGAGGGCCACUCGCCGCUCUAUAUGCACCCCCCCAAGUGCACGUCGUGCGGCUCUCAGUCCCCGAAGCACGCAGAGAUGUGCCUGCAUACCGCUGGCCCCACAUUCCCCGAGGAGAUGGGGGAGACUCAGUCUGAGUACUCGGAUUCCAGCUGUGAGAACGGGGCCUUCUUCUGCAAUGAAUGUGACUGCCGCUUCUCUGAGGAGGCCUCGCUCAAGAGGCACACCCUGCAGACCCACAGUGACAAGCCCUACAAGUGUGACCGCUGUCAGGCCUCCUUCCGCUACAAAGGCAACCUCGCCAGCCACAAGACCGUCCACACGGGUGAGAAACCCUAUCGUUGCAACAUCUGUGGGGCUCAGUUCAACCGGCCGGCGAACCUGAAAACCCAUACUCGAAUCCACUCUGGAGAGAAGCCCUACAAAUGCGAAACCUGUGGAGCCAGAUUUGUACAGGUGGCCCACCUCCGUGCCCACGUGCUCAUCCACACUGGGGAGAAGCCCUAUCCCUGUGAAAUCUGUGGGACUCGCUUCCGGCACCUUCAGACUCUGAAGAGCCACCUGCGUAUCCACACGGGAGAGAAACCCUACCAUUGCGAGAAGUGUAACCUGCAUUUUCGCCACAAAAGCCAGCUGCGACUUCACUUGCGCCAGAAGCACGGCGCCAUCACCAACACCAAGGUGCAAUACCGCGUGUCCGCCACUGACCUGCCUCCGGAGCUCCCCAAAGCCUGCUGAAGCAUGGAGUGUUGACGCUUUCCUCUCCAGCUCCUACUCAGAACCGACCCAAAGGAUACUGUAACACUUUACAACGUUCAUCCCAUGAUGUAGUGCCUCUUUCAUCCACUAGUGCGAAUC